UCCUCAGUCGCUCGGGAGCACGGGACCCUCUAGGCUUCCCGAUGCCACCGAGCAACACCGUAAUCCCUGAAUAAAUAAUUGUCGCAUCAGCGUCAGCGGCGAUGCAUACGCCAGUCGAUAAGAUAUAGCCCUCGUAGUUACACUGAAACUCAGUUACGAUAAUGUAAAACGUGUUUACUAGAUAUGACUAGAUCGUGCGACGAUCUCUCCAAGAAGGAUAGCGAGGACACCAUGGACUACGAUAGCGAGACUUCCUCAGGAUGCUGGCAAAGACUUAUCCAUUGGUUAGGGAUAAACCCGAAUCUUAUAAUGCUGAAAGUGACUUUAUUUGUGAUGUACGGCGCUACGGCAUCUUUGUUACCUUACUUGACAAUUCAUAUGCAAAGUAUUGGUUUAACUGUGCCAGAAAUUUCGUUUGUGUAUUUAGCUUUGCCGUUUACCACCUUUUUAAGUCCGCCAAUUACUGGUUUUCUUGUGGACCGCUUUGGAGAGUAUAAGCCAGUAGUAAUAACUGCUUUAAUAUUAAACGCGGCAUUUCACCAUUCGCUGCUUUUAAUUCCACAUCAAGAAACUCCCGGAGUGAUGCCAUCUGCGUAUGUCAUGAGACAUCCAAUUAAAAAGAGUGUCGAGAUUUGGUGGAGUCCUUGUCCGAGUAGAGAAUGCCCAGAUGAGGAUGAACAAGUAGAUUUUGUUCUAGAUACUUGUGUAGAUCAUUGUAUGCUGUCUAGGCCAACCGAAACCAGCCCGACAAGUGAUCCAUCGGACGAUAAAGAUGACUUGGAUUUUCACAUUGCGCGAAAAAUUUAUCCACCACAUUGGUCCAACAGCAGUUUUCUUAACAUGACAGACGACGAAGAAGAUUACAAUGAUGCAGCAUUCUUUCUGAUCGAAGUACAUGAUGAUUUGGGGGAACCGAAAGAACAACUUGGUAUUGAAAUGGAAAGAGAUGAUAAUGAUACUGUAACUGACUUUAGAUCAAGGUUUGGUGAAAAAUUACUACUGUCACAAGGUGUUAACAUAACCGCUCUCGACAAAGAAGAUCUGAGAUGUGGUGGGCUUGUGAUGUUGCAUAAUAUGACCAAAUUAUCGCAGCAACGUCUUGCAAAUCUUUCAGCAGAUUGCAUGGUUCAAAAAUGCGAUUUUAGAAAAGGCGGACCGGAUAUUUGUCCUCCGGACUAUAAGGAAAGUGAUGAUAAAACUUUUUAUAUCUACUUCUUCUUGAGGUUUAUGGGUACUAUAAUGUUGUCAGCUGGGGUUACAAUAAUGGAUCCCAUUGCUUUAACUAUGAUACAGAAGUAUGGGGGUGACUUUGGCAGAGAAAGGCUGUUCUCUAGUAUAGGGAUGGCCAUAUUUUCACCUAUCACCGGAAUCCUUAUAGAUAUGAGGAGUAAACAAGUUGGAUAUACUGAUUAUUCAGCAGCCUUCUAUACUUAUGACGUCUUGCUUUUAAUAUCAGCAGUAACUGUUGCUGUCAUGCCACUGGGAGCAAAAUUGCCUGCAGAUAAUUUAUUACAUGAUCUAGUUAAUAUAAUCAAAAUGCCUCAUAUUAUUAUUUUCAUAUUUUUCCUUUUUGCUUUAGGUAAUUUCUGGGGUUUUAUAGAAUCGUAUUUAUUUUUAUAUUUGAAGGAACUUGGUGCACCCAACUUCUUAUUAGGAAUAACAGUUACAGUAGGAACCUUGAGUAGCAUUCCAUUUCUGUAUGGUGCUGAUGCUAUCACAGCGCGUAUUGGCCACGUCAACGUUAUUAUAGUUGCCUUCUUUUCUCAUGCUGCCCGUCUUGUCGGAUAUUCAUUCAUUGAGAAUUCAUGGUGGUGCUUCCCAUUCGAAGCUAUGGAGUCACUAUCUGUUCACCUGAUGUGGGUCGCAGCGGCAACUUACUGUGCCAUGCUAGCACCUAAGAGUUUGUUAGCCACCCUUAUUGGCGUAUUGGGGAUGGCUCAUUUCAGUCUCGGUCGUGGAAGUGGCAGUUUCGGCGGCGGACUCCUAAUAGCCUCACUGGGUACUCGGGAAGCGUUCAGGUACAUGGGGUUGAUCGCGUUCUUGGGUGGUGUACUCUAUGGUCUGCUGCAUUACUUCUGGCUAAGACACAUCAACAUGGCUUUACGUGACAUCUGUGAUCUGGAUACUGAGAGUGGUGAAGGUGACAAAUUGAACGGCGAACCACUCCGUAAAGAUGCAGAAACAAUGGUGUCUCUGGAGCGUUUACACAUCAUUACCAGAUUCAAUCCCCUUGGUUCCUUACACUCCCUGUCUAGAGGCUCCAGGGCUAGGUUAUCUCAAGGCGACAUUAACGAGCUGUGCCGAAGUAGGAGCGGCAGCAACGCUCAGCGUCGAUGCAGCAACAUUGAAAUAUCUCCGAAAACACCGCAGGGAUCAGCUUCUAAAGUGGACUUGUUACGAUCUGCUCUAGAAAUCAACCAUCACCAAGCUAGGGGACAUAUUUCUAAUCCAGUGCUGGCGAGCCCCAAUAGAACAACGACUCAUCCUUACAAGUUAGCAAAUAGCGCGCCAAAACUAACACAACGCAACAAUAUAUCACAGCCGGUUCUUUCUGCUGAUCAUGACAGAAGGCGUGACUCAAUACCAGAAGAGGCUGAAGAAGAUAAACUCUCCCAAACGAACCCGAAGCCAGUCAAAACAAAAAGUGAAAAUCUCCGACCUCCCACCUACGAUGAAGCUGUUAAGGAAAAGAGGAAAAGUUGGCAUUCAGAUGACAGCACACCCACCUAAGUAUCGCUUAGAUCACAGAUAUAGGUUUCUGUUUAUUGGUAAUUAUAAAGAUAAGCUAAAAGGAGCUGUUAAGUACAAUUCGUCUCUAAAUUCUAAAUGAAUGCACAAAUGAUUGUACAUGUACAAUUAUUAUGAAAUACGCAUUUGGGACUUCAAGUAUUACUCGACAUAUUAAAUUGUUUUCUGUGAUCUGUGAAACCACUUUUUAUAUUUAACAUUUUCAAAUAUAUUUAGUUUUAUUUAGCUAGCUGUAGAAGAUGAUCGUAUCGCAUGCCAAGUUGAAGUUAGUCUUAAAAUUAUAUUUUACUAUCCCAAAAUUGAUUCUUUAAUCUCUUAUCAUAUUAUAAUCUUUAAUUUAAUUUAAAAGAACAAUUUCAAAUUUUAACAAUUAAUAAUAAUACCAAGAAUAGAUAAUACUAAUUUUAUAUUGUAAUAGUUAGCCAUAAGUGAACAUACAUACGUAAACAUUCCAACUGAUAGACCAUAAAUGUAAAUAAAUCCAAGUAAUUCAUACAUUCAUAAGGUAGGUUUAUCUUAGUUACUCAUUUCAUAUGUCAGCCUUUUUGUGAUGAACAGAGAAAAUUGGUCGUAUUUUGGCUAUAGCAAUUUAUAUGAUGAAAUUCGUUUUUACUAUUUACCAUUUAUUUUUGUCAUCUCAUUCUAAAAACACUUAGAUAAAUAACGGAGGUCAUACAAGCAACGCCUAUUUGAUGUUAAUAAACUUCAAUAUAAGAAAAUUGUUGAGAAGGAAACCCUGAUUUAUGAGUUUUUGCUUAUUUUUAUCGGAGCUGCAUUUGGUCUUAUCUCACUCAUGAUUGCUUUGCGUCAGCGCGACGGUAUGAUGUUUUAGAAUUAUUCAAUCUAAAAACGGCCUCAGCGAAUGUCUGCUGUUGUUAGGAGGUUUUUGCCACUAGUUGUUAAAGAAAAUAUUGUAUCGUAUAUUGUCAUUCUGUUAAGUUUAAAAAUAUUAUCAUUAAAUGAAGUCUCUAUUGUUUAGUAACAAAAUGUAGUUUUAAUGUACCCUUUCUUUUUAAAGUAACUGUCGAUUUCACUUAUCAAAUAUUUCAUCAGUAUUUAUGUGGUAUGUACCAAAAAAAAUAUGACAAUUAGUCAUGAGACCAAUAUCUAUCAAGUGACAUUUCCACUACUUUGGAUUGAAUAUUUCUUUUAUUUCAAUUCAUGGAGUGUCUUCGUAGUGUUCUUGUUCUAAAUUUUAUCAUUUAAUAUCAUGUAUAUUGUAAUAUCUAGGUACUAAAUUAUGCUUAACGUUUAAAUUUCUUAACAUUAAUAGGAUAGUAUAAUUUUGUAUCUAUUCGCCACAAUUUGAGUAUGAUCUUAUGCAUGAUUUCUUAUAGUUAAGAAGUAAUAUUUAACAAUAUGUAUAAGGUUACGGUUGCUAUAAAUAAAAUACUUUUUCAUAA